AAUAUCCAAAUAAUUAAAUAAACAAAUACAUAUUCAAUUAAUUACUUUUUUUUACUUUCUUUUCUAAAAAUGAGUAAGAAGGGCAGAGAUUUAUCUUUUAAAUAAUUUUAAAAUCAAAGAUACAAAGUAAAUUGUUUUAUAGACUAAGAACAAAAGAAGCAAAUUAAUUCUAUGCCAACUGGCAAAGUUGUUAACUCUCAAGCAAAAGCAAGUAACGAAAGCGUUAAUGAGAAAAAAAUGAUGUCUUACAAAUCCUACUUAUAAGAAGAGCAAGAAUAAUAUUUUAGUGAUUUGAAUAUGGACAACGUAUAUUUUGAAACAAAAAGAGUAGACUAAGAAUUUUAAGAGUAUCAGUAAAAAUCAGAUAGAGAAGAUAAUCCAUCUAGAUAAAAGAUGUUAAGAAGUAUUGAGAGUAGGUAAAAUUCAUAAAAGUAAUUAAAAGGUAAAUAGAAUUAGAAAUAGGUAAAUGCCCUGAAUGCUAACACUGAGAUUUCAGAAAAAAAAGUCAUGAAAUUUUUAAAAUAUACCAUAAGAAAUUCUUAAAAUUGUUAGCCAUAUAUUGAAAGAUAAAGAGCUUAUACUCUUGUAAAUGAACCAUUAAGAGACGAAUCUCCUACUCUUAAAAAGUUAAAAACUGAGAUUGGAAAUGAAAGAGUUUCUCAAAAAAAUCCUGUUUAGCAAGAGAAUUAUAGGUCAACUAAUUAAAAUUUUUUUAGGCCCUAGCAAAAUCAAAGAGAAGAACAUCAUUAUUAUCUGAACCAUGCUAAAAAAGACAUCAAAAUUAGCACUUAAGCUUUAUGCUUUGAAAAUAUAAAUUAAAAUUCAGGAUCUGAAUCUGCUACCAAUAGCGGUGGCUUCGAAACGAAUUUUAAAUUUGUUUAGCCAUAAAGAAGGAAAAGCUUGAUAAACAAUAAUAAUAUUACCUAAAAUAGCUUCAAUAAUACAAAUAAUAAUUCUAAUGGUACUAAUCAUUAUAAAAAUGAAUUACAAUCAAGUUAUAUGUAGAGAUUCUUUAUUCCAAAGUUAAGACUAAACUGUCAAUCUAGCUAAUAGCAAAAAAGGUAAAUGAAUAUUUCUUCAUCUGUGAAUAGGAUAAGGGCAUAUACUGUAACAACAGCAUAAAUUUAGGCAAACAAAGUUACUCACGAUUAAAUGAAUCAAACUGAUAUCUUAAAAACCUAAGAAAAUGAAAAUUCCAUGUCAUUAUUAGAUAAAUUUAAUAAUUAGAGAGCGAUUCAAAUAAAGGAAGUAGAAUUAUGCUUACCUUAAGAGUCCUUGAUGUAAGAAUACAAUUUUAUCACAAAAGAUUCUUCAAAAAGUAAUAAAUUUACGAAUAGCAACCAGCCAUUUAACACAUUUUACUCCAAUAAACAAUCAAAAAACAUAUAAACAGAAAAUAUGUACCUUCCUAUGCAAAAAAAGGAGAAUAUCAGAAACUCUUAAAAUUAUAAUUCUCAAAAGGAAAGCUCAUCCGACUCAGAAAGAAGGUCUGCGAUGCAAUAAUCAUAACUUUCUCAUAGAGAUCUUAUUUCUGCAACAAGCCAGUCAACUCUUCAUCAACAAAAGCAGUUUUAAAUCAACAAAUUAACAUUUUAAAAAAACCCAUUUUUCUAUUAAAGUGUAAAAAAUAAUCCAUCAUUAAUAAACUAUGUAGAAAAAAACAACACUUAAAUAAAAUAAAUUUAAAAUAUUAACCAAUAAACUUGUCAAGAAACCUAAAUUAUGACUGAGAGAUAGAAAUCUUUUUCAGUAAAUUCUCUCUCUAAUUGCAACUAAGUUGAUAAGUAAUCAAAAACCAAAUAAUCACAUUAAGAAAAUCAAGAAGAAAUUGAAUACUUAAAAAGUGAUAAUUAAUAGUAAAUUCAUUAAAUAAAAUAAUAAUAGAACGAAAGUUAAUAUUAGCAAAACGAUUAAUAGUAAUAAUUUAAUCGAAGUGGUAUUUUGAAGGAGCAUGAUCUAAAUUAGAAGCAAAAUAGCACUCAUUAAAGAUAAUUUUAAGAAAAUACUCUUAAAAAACCUCUUAAAAUUUAUAGUAACGUUCAAUAAAUCUUACUACCAUUAAAGCCAGCUGAAGAAUUAUAAAAAACGAAAGCACUUGACCUUACAACUCUUUCAAGGAUUUAAAUAAAUGGUGAAAAGGGAAAUCAUUUGUUAAAGAAAUAAUUUAAAAGAACAUUAAAUAUUUCUAAUUAUAAUAAUGAAAACUGUCUUUAAGAAUAAAAUACAUCACUGUUAUAACAGAACUAACAGCAAAAAUUAAAUUAAAUUAAUGGAGAAAAACUUAAUAUUAUAAACCCUUUAAAAUAAUUAAAAAUGAUUUACUAACCAUUCUAAGUCACAGUAAAGAAUGUAAAAAAUGGGAAUUAUAAUAUGGAAAAUAAUUUAAACUUUUACAGUUGA